AUGUCAUCGCCGACACUCAGCACUGUCCUCUUUUCCGCCCUGCUCGCUGUCACCACCACCCAUGCCUUCAUCCCCGUCGAGUACCCACCUGUGCCGUCAGACCUCGACACGAACCAGUGGGCGCCGUAUACCACCCUCGAGCCCAUCACCUCGGUGUCCACGCCCACCGCUACACCCUCGGCCGACGUGCGAAUCCUGCCUGUCCUCGACGCCAACCUCGUCCCGGAACUCAAACGUCAAGUCGCCGGCGCGGACCCCGCGAAUGUAGCCACCGCGGUCAAACAGGUCUCUCCUAUCACCACUUACUUCAUUCAGUCGGUCAUAUCCGGGUCGGCUGUCCAAGUGCCCAUCGUGUAUACGCAAACAUUUCCAACCGCCUGGGAUCAGUGGCCUAGCGCGACCCGAGGGGAGAUUGGUCUCGGGACGAUUCAGGGCACCAUCGGCGUGGUUAAAUCGAAGAGAAGUCUUCCCACGCAGGCGCCGCUAGGCGAGCCCUUCGCAAAGGCGCCUCUGGAAGAACAUGCCGCAAAUCCUCACGAGGAAGAAAAGGACGAAGAACAACCGGAGGACCCCAGCCAUCCAUUGCUGAACAAGCUGAAAAAAGCCGGCAAGGAGAUCCAAGAGGAGAUUGUGGCCUUGUUGAACAAGCAGAAGAAGCCUGCCCUGCUCGCCGAUGCACAGCCGAAGAAGGACGAUGAAGUACCUCUAUCGCCGGCGGCCUUCAAGGAAGAAGAAGGCGUUGCUCCAUUGGAGAAGGAACAGAAGAAGCCCGGCACACAAGCAGACACAACCGCCGACACAACGGCCAAGGCUAGUGAUGGCCGACCCCUCAAAGCGGGCAUUCUCGCCGUCCUUGCCAUGGGUGUUGCGACCGUGUGCGUGACCUAUUUAUGA